CUCCUCGCUCAUCUUCCCCCUCUCCGCCUUCGCAGUUCACAUCACAGCACAAUAAUAAGUACACGUACACGCACAUGUAUUUAUGCUGUUGUGCUUAAAGCGGUAGUCUUGUUAUUAUAUUAAAAAUUUUGAAUAUAAAGUUCUCGGAGAUGACCUACAUGAAACACGUCAAAAAUUUAUAUUACGACCCUUACAAAUGGUCUAUUGUGAAGAGCAUGGGAUUAUUUGCCAUUGGAUUGAAGAUUGCAUUAGAAUGCAGAGGAUUGGAAUUAAUGGGACCACCUCCAACUUUUUAAAUUUGAUGUAAACGUAAAGUUUUAAUAACUUGCCCAUUUCACACUAAAUAAAUCCAUAAAUAAAUGUUUUACUUGGUUAGACAAUAAAUUUUAUACAUUUUUUUCAAAUUAAUAUCUGUAAUAACUCUUCCUACUCAACACACGUAUACAUAUAUAUGUAUAUAUUACACACACCUGAUUUUUAGGAGGAUGGUGUAACAUAACCUAUAACGCCAUCGUCAAAUAAUCGUCAUGCAUGGGCGAUAAUGGCUGGAGAAGAGUGUGUGUGUGUGUGCGUUCGUGUGUUUUUUGGUAGACAGUUAUAUUGUUGAUGAAAUGGGAAUGACUGAAAAGUCUCUUGAAAGUGUUUUUUAGUGAUGAUAUAAACAAGUUGUUUCAAGUGAUUCUCUUAAAUCCAUAUUAAUGCAGUUUUGUAACAUAAUUUAAACUUCACCUUCAACUUGAAAAUAAUGAAGGACGAAAAUGAUGCAAACGAGUCGAGUUUUGACCAACUUUCAGCUGUCGUCGGUGCUCUUUUGGAUGCUCUAAGCGAUAAAGAUGAAACUGUGCAGUUAUCUGCCAUCGAGUCCAUUCGUAAACUGUCCCAGAGAAAAGCUGUUGUUGUUAUUCAUGCUGCCGUGUAUUUUUGGGAACUGCACAAAAAGAUAUCGGACAUUCAUUUGAUUGCGGUUUUAAAAAUUAUGUCUGACAUUUGUCAAAAUUACGUCGAUUCUUUGGAAGAUUCAUUGGCAACAUCUAUAGCAGAUUUAGCUUUAAACGAAAUAGUUGGCCCUGCUUCCCAACAGGCUUGUGAAUUGCUUGUCGCUUUGAGCAAAAAAGAAUGUUCGCAAUCAAUUGGUGCACUCAUUGUCAAAUUUGAGCCAAAUAUAGUGCCACAUCACAACGUCAUCAGAGUCAUUGGAAUGAUUGCCGCAAAGAAUACAACCGGCAUGCAACCUUUUAUAAAAGUUACCUUGAGUUUUUUAGUACCACUAAUGCCUGACAUGAAUCAAGAGCAAUUAAAAUUGGCAACUACCUUUGCCAUUGAAAAACUAUCGGAUGCAAUCUCUGAUUGUCUCACAAAUACCGAAAUAACAACCAAUACAGGACUGCAUAAGGACAUGUACUUUGAUGAACUGUCGAGUGCUUUUAAAGUACUGACCUAUUCGUGGCUUAAAUCGAGCAAAAAUUCAACAGUCACGGAAAACACUUUAAAAUGCCUGGCCUCGAUUUUACCCCUUUUACCAAAAACUUGGGAUGAAAGUUUCAUCCCCAAAGUGACUCCUUCACUGUUGAGUCUUUUUAAAAAGCCAAAUACUAGAUUGGCCGCUUCGAGGGUACUCUCGCUAAUUUUAAAUGCUGCAACCAGUGACGAAAAAGAGCAACUCAGGCUUCAUUUGGAGCAUACUCAUCAUGUUCUCCUGGAAGCGGUCAGCAUUGCUCCGUUUGAAGCUGCCAGGGACGAAUUGUUGGCUCAUUACGAGGUAUUAAAGUGUUUCAAAGCCAUUGUCGUCUUGUAUCCGGAAGAAGGUUUGGACAGAAUACUACAACAGUUGAAAUCUCAAAACGUUGUUCAGCGCUCAAAAGCAUUGGUUGUACUCAGACAUUUUAUCAAUACGCUACCAGCAGAGGAAAGCACGGCUUUUCAAAGAAUCGCUUCGAGUCUGCAAGAUUCUUUGGGAGACGCAAAUUACACAAGACACCUUGUCAGUGCGAUGGUUGCUCUUGCCGCCAGGCCAACAUUUCCUCUCCUUUCCUCUCAGCGCUCUUCCUUUGUUAAAUUUAUCGUGUUACAGUGUGGCUCGAAAACGGACGAGGCCGAUGCCUGCGAAGAAGCCCUGCAUUUAUUGUCGAGUACGGUGGAAGGUGCCGAAACUUGGCUCUGGCCGUCUCUGAUCAAUGCUCUGUUGGAUCAAACUUACGUGAUUUCGGUGGGACCGAUAUUGCGAGCUUUAUCGACGCUCGCCGUAAAAAUGAUGCGCGAGAAGGAGGAGGAGGAGGAGGAGAACAACAGCGUAACAACAGGUGACGAAAAAAAUGAUUUUCCAAGCAUCCGAGUUCUCGGGCGCUGCCUCGAACUCCUUGACGAGGAAAAGAAUCGCGCGCCCGUGAUUAUGUUUCUACGAAGCGCGGCGCCGCUGUUUGAACCGGCUCUGCUGAGGCCCGCCCAGUGGGACGCAAAGCUGUCGGAAUUGUUAAAACUCGUAAUCGUGGAGUAUAACACCGUAGCGGAUAAUAAUCCAUCGGGAGCGACAGGGACGGAACGCGCGUUACUCUGGGAACGGGGGCUCGUCGAUUUUCUUGAAGAAAACGAGACCUGGGCCCAAGAGCUGGCCAACGAGUUGGCGGACAAGCCAAUCAUCACGCCCUCGAUUGCCCUGUCCUUGGCCGCGCUAGUCAAUAAACCCGAGCACGCGAGCCUAUUGAUCGAAUUGGCCCGUACUCGCAGCGCGAGCUACAACAGUGACGCCGAAUACGCCCGAGCCGUGGGUAUAUGCGCGAAACGCCGCCUGCAGAUGGUCCUCAAGCUUAUGGAGGAGGCUUGUGCCGUGGAGGACGCGCGCAAGCAACCCGUACGGCUACUCGGCCUCGUGAGAGAUGCAAAAGCCGCGGCCAACAACGAGGCCGCGAAAGCUGGCUUGCUCAAGGCAUACGCCGAGAUAGCGUUGAGGGCCGACUCGGUGGCUCUAUGUACUUCCUUGGAUAACAACAUUUUUCCUUGGAUUAUUCGACAAUUAAACGAUUGCAAGGAACUUGGCACCAAGGAGGCAGGACUCUUGGCCAUCCGACGAGCUGGCGAGGCCAUGCAUCCCAAUCGACUGGUCGACUCGAUCGGACUGCGAGCUCGUGGUAAUGCAUUGGCUAUUCUACUGGGACUGUUUCAGUCCUCGUCGUCGGGUUACAGGCCGCUACAGCUUUAUCCGUUGAUUCUCAAGGCAAUUAUUUCAUUGAUAAUAAUACCUCCACCGCCAACUGACGAAGAAAAAAAAGUACUUCUCGAGUCGUCCAUGGACAAAGUGAUAGCAGCCAGUUCAGAGUUACAGAUUGCAGCUUUAAAGAUGCCCCAAGUCAUGCAGCAAGUUAUCGAAUACUUGGGCGUCAUCAGUAGCGAAAUCGUGUCAGAUUCGUCGGACACGCUGGCCCUUCUCGUUGACAUUUUAUUACCGUGGAUGCAAUCGAAAUCUAGCGCGGAACGCAAGACUACUCUGCUUAUUCUUAGAACGACCCUUAGAUCGUAUCACGAUGCUUUAAAGUACACGUAUCCAGGUGGUAAAUUGGAACCGGGUAAACUUCUCGGAAAAUUUUUAGCCUGGAGUGCUGAUUCGGAUCUUAGUUUGCGCCCGCUAGUUAUCGAUUGCGUUGCCUUGGCUUUGAACAUUGGGGCCAGGCACCGCUCCACCUUACCGGAUAGUAAUUUAAAUCACGAUUUAAGCGAGACGAAGCGAAUAAUUGUUGGCGAAGACGCCAUCUCGCUCUACACGGGAGUAAAGAAUCUGGCGACGGCUGCAUGUGCAAGAGUAGCAAGUGGAGAGGUCGUGAGUUUGGCCGAUGGUUUGGUCGAGGCUCUUCUGUACAGAGGUGAAGGCGGAAUCGCUGCUGGAAUCGCAUUGUCAGAAUUAUUCAAACUCCGAGGCUUGGACAUUCCGCGAGCAAAUUUAUAUUUAAUCGAUGGGAUAAUCGGUCAAAUGAGGCAAAUGGAAAAUGCCAGCUGUAAAAGAGGAGCGGCAGGGGCCGUCAAAUCAUUGAGCACGCAACACCCGCAAGAGGUUGUGGAGCACCUGUUGCACCAGCCCUUGCCCCUGGACCGUGGGACCAAGGAAUGUUGGAUGGAGCUUGGAAAGUCGGAAGACACGGGCUCACGAAGCUUGGAGUUAUUAUUGACAAAGCUGCAAAAUGAGAACCUGCUGGUCGAUUCGGCGCUGCAAGGUGGAACUGCGGACGACGGCAAGCGUCCCAGCGCAGCUUUUGCUCCUUUAGCGGCUGUGGUAGCCCUUGGGCAAUUGUUGAAUUCACCAAAAGCCGAGGAUUUGGUGAGCCGACGAUUGCCCGAACUUUUUGCCGUCUUGUUGGAAUAUUUGGCUGGAUGGCUCCACGUGGAUCCACCCAUGUCAAUCAUCAGCACAAAAUACGGCUUUGUACCCAAUCGCCAGAGUUGCAAAAUCGUCCCGUAUCGCGAGGUGUACGCUGUCUUAUCGAAAAUUCUCAACAUUAUUGGCACACAACAGGAUAUAGAAAUCCCCUCGACCGAGGCCGUAAGUCUAUUUAUUUGUACACAAGCUUUCGAGUCCGAGCAGGCGGAAACGGAAGAAAAUGUAAUAUGGACGGUACACGCGAUUGCACGAAGCUUGUCCAAAAAGAGCGAUUCCUUGGCAAAUCUGGGCCGAUACCUGGGUAAACUCGUGACCAGUACUUUGGCGACUCAGCGAGCCGUUUCGAUUGGGUUUUAUGCCGAGCUCGUUGACAAACUCAACUGCGAUGACAUUUGGCUAGACGCCAUCAUCAACACUCUGUACGAAGCAAAAGCCGACUCAUCGCCGCUUGUUCGUAAACUCGCUACCAUUGGUCUUGGUCGAGUCGCCUAUUUGGAGUCCAAGCACGUGGAACAAUACUUUGACAAUUGCUUGUGCUCGCUGCUGGAUGGUUUGGAAGAGCCAUCGAGUGUCGAUGGUAGUACCGACGUGGUGUUGGAAUCAUUGCGCGGUUUAUCGGUUUUACUGUCAACCACGACCGAGAAACCAAUCAGUCCACGCGUCGUUCUCGCCCUCAAACCCUUUGUCGAAAAGGAAAACUGGGAAAUGAGACUGGCGGCCAUGUGCGCUUUGGGAGCUAUUGCUCGAAGCUGGCAGAGCAGAUUCAUGCGAUCGCCCGACGACGAUAUUACUGACCACCUCCUCGCGUGCAUUCCAUGCUUGGCCAUUAAGCUCGAAGACAACGUCGAUGCCAUAGCUGUGGCAUCGAGGCAAGUUUGGUACGAUUCGGCGUGUCUAUUGCAAUGUAAAACCUUGACUCGCGUAAUCCAGACUCACUUUGGACCAGACAGGAAACAACUGGAUGUAGAAAAUUUUUUACGAGAUUUGAUCUAUUGUUUGAAAACUGAUUUACCCCAGAGAGCUGAAGAGCUUAGAAACGCCGUCGUUCGAGGAUAUUCAAGAUCGGAAAAUGGAGUGACUCGAGCAACGUCUGCACUUAUUUUAGGCCUAUUUGGAGAACCAAGGCCCAAAGACGUUCAACGAAUGCUGCAACUACUAAAAGACCCAGAAAACUUUGUACGAGCUCGAGCAGCUCGAGGACUUUCCCUUUGCUUCACCCUUUGAUAAUCAUCAAAGACUUGUAUAGAGAUUCUCGUAAUCUUAGGAAUUAACAAAGAAAUUUAUUCGUAAAUGUUUUAGUUAUAAACAAAGAAUCUGUUUCAAAGUUGACGCAUAUUUGUAUAGUUUAUGGACCCAUAAAUUUUAAAUAUAUAUAUAUAUAUAUAUUUACACUCGCGCUAUUGUAAGUAUGUAAAUGAAUUUGUCAUACCGAUAAUUAAACAAAUAUAU